AUGGAACAGCGGGAUAUUUAUGAAGAUCGUGGUGGACGACGCGCGGGUCGGGUGCGGCCGCGGGCGCUCGAGGAGGGCGAGGACGAAUGGUUGCGGCAGGCGCGAAGGCGAAGGGCCGCGGAUCGCGCCGCAGAUGGGGACAUGGAAGACGAUGACGAGGAAUUCGACGUGAACAUUGACGUGUACGAUUGCCCUCUUCGCGAGUGGAUCACGAAGGAUCGCACGAAGGUGGAGAUUCGCAAGCGUUUGAGUCGGUUUUUGCGCAAAGGACAAGUCGACGAAGCCGGGCGGUCGCUUUAUCACAAAAAGAUUCGCGAGAUGUGCAACAACAACUUGCAGAGUUUGGAAAUCAGUUACAUGCACCUGGCGAAGAGUGAGUCUCUGAUCGCGGUUUGGGUCGCGGACGCGCCGAAGGACAUGCUCGAUCUAUUCGACGAAGUCGCGCUCACCGAAGUGUUGAAGCUUUACCCGUCGUACGGCGACAUUCAUCCCGACGUGUUCGUGCGAAUCGUGGAUUUGCCCGUCGAGGACGCUAUUCGUGAUAUUCGCCAAUCGCACUUAAACUCAUUGAUUCGCGUCAGCGGUGUCGUGACGCGACGCACGGGUGUGUUUCCGCAACUGAAAAAUGUGACGUACACGUGCAUGGUGUGUUCGUACAACGUCGGUCCAAUCUUCCAAAAUAGUAGCAGAGAAGAGGAGCGCCCGAAUGCCUGCCCGGAGUGCCAUCAAAAAGGUAGAUGGCAGAUUAACUCCGCAAAGACGGUGUAUCGCAACUACCAGAAGUUGACGUUGCAGGAAUCUCCGGGAAGCGUUCCGGCUGGCCGCAUUCCGCGAAGUAAAGAGGUUAUCGUGUUGAACGACUUGAUUGACAUGGCGAAACCGGGUGACGAGAUUGAAGUCACCGGGGUGUACACAAAUAACUUCGAAGCGUCGCUGAACACGCGUCAGCAGGGAUUUCCCGUAUUCACGACGUACAUCGAGGCGAAUUACGUCAAACGAAAAGGAGAUUUGUACUCGUCGGGCAAUCUCACGGAUGAAGAUCGCGAGGACAUCAGAAAGCUCAGCCGUGAUCCCAAAAUCGUUCGACGCAUCAUGAAGUCUAUCGCGCCGUCCAUUCACGGGCACGAAGAUAUCAAGAUGGGUAUCGCAUUUGCGCUGUUUGGCGGUCAAGAAAAGUUCGUCAAGGGCAAGACGCGAUUGCGCGGCGACAUCAACAUGUUGUUGCUCGGGGAUCCCGGUGUUGCGAAAUCACAGUUUUUGAAGUACACACAAGCCACCGCGGGUCGCGCCGUGUACACCACUGGUAAAGGCGCGUCUGCGGUCGGUUUAACAGCUGCCGUGCACAAAGAUCCGGUGACUCGCGAGUUUGUGCUGGAAGGCGGCGCCCUCGUGCUCGCCGAUCGCGGUGUGUGCCUCAUUGACGAAUUCGAUAAGAUGAACGAGCAAGAUCGCGUCUCCAUUCACGAGGCAAUGGAGCAGCAAUCCAUAUCUAUCUCCAAGGCUGGUAUUGUGACUUCUUUACAAGCGAGAUGCUCGGUCAUCGCCGCAGCGAACCCCAUCGGCGGUCGAUACGAUUCGUCCAAGACGUUCAGCGACAACGUUGAACUGACGGAUCCAAUCCUUUCCCGCUUCGAUAUUCUUUGCGUCGUUCGCGACGUUAUUGACCCUGUCUUAGAUGAAAGGCUCGCUAAGUUCGUGGUACACUCCCACGUCAAGUGCCAUCCGAGAUUUGAAGACGAUCCGGAAGCGCCGUUGCAGAAUCCAUUUGGGGAAAAUGACGACGACGACAUCGAGCCGAUUGAUCAAAAAUUGUUGCGCAAGUAUAUUUCGUACGCGAAAAAAGAAUGUCGCCCAAAGCUAAAUCAGCAAGACUUGCCGAAGAUUCAACGAGUCUACGCCGAAUUGCGAAAGGAGUCUGUGACGCGUGAAGGCAUGCCCGUCGCCGUGCGUCACAUCGAGUCCAUCAUCCGAAUGAGUGAAGCUCGAGCGGCGAUGCGACUUAGCCAGCAAGUAUCGGCUGAUGACAUCGACGCUGCGAUUGGAUGCAUGCUGCAGUCUUUCAUCGGCACUCAAAAGCAAUCCGUGCAAAAGACCCUGCAGAAGAAGUUUGCGCGAUACACGCACUUCCAUCGCGACUACGACGCUUUGCUCCUCGAAAUUCUUCGCGGACUACUUCGGGAAACGAUGCGCUGGGAAAAUGUCGGCGCCAAGCCGAACAGUCAAGCGGAUACCGCGGGUCAGACGACGACAGUGCGUUGCCGCGAUCUCGAGAGCAAGGCGAGAGCGUACGGCAUCGAGGAUUUGGCGCCGUUUUACGGCAGUUCAGCCUUCAGAAACUCGCACUUCUCGUACGACGCUGCCCGUCAGUGCAUCGUCCACACGAGCGAUUAG